UGUCAGUCCCUAUGAGUAUGAAGGAGGUGGACGGCUACAUUGAGAAGCAGGUGGCCUACCUGUCAGGGGGGCGUGGUGAGGACUCCAGCGUGAUCAUCACCCUCCCAGAAUACUCUGCUUUCAGCGACAUUCCAGAGGAAUCUUUAGCCAAAGUCUUAACAUACCUCACCCUCAUACCUCGAGCAAGACAGCCAGGUGUAAAAUUCAUCAUCAUUUUAGACAGAAGACUGGAUACAUGGACCUCUAUCAAAACAGCACUUGCCAGAAUUGCGGCCUCCUUCCCUGGAAAUCUCCACCUGGUGCUGGUGCUGAGACCCACCAGCUUCUUCCAGCGCACCGUCACAGACCUGUGCUUCCGCUUCAGCCAGGAGGACUUCAUGCUCCAGAUGCCAGUGGUGAUGCUGAGCUCUGUGACAGACCUACUAAGAUACAUUGAUGAGAACCAACUGACCUCAGAGUUUGGUGGAACCCUGGACUACUGCCACAGUGACUGGAUCGUCCUAAGAACAGCCAUAGAGAGCUUUGCGAUGACAGUUAAGGACAUAGCUCAGAUGCUGCAGGCGUUUGGCACAGAGCUGGCUGAGACAGAGCUGCCAGAUGAGGGCACCGCCAUUGUGCGCCUCCUCUCAACCCACACUGACAAGUACAGGAAACUCAAGGAUGCGAUAUGGUCAGUAUCAAAGGAGGGUCGUCACCUGCUGGCUAGCCUGGAGGCCUCGGGGAGAGAGGAGGAUUCACUUUGGGAUGUCAGGCUGGACUGGGAGACCGUGCAGAGGUUACUAGCCCAGCUGAGGAGCAUGGAGUCAGCCUUUGACGGCUUCUUUGAGAAGCAUCAUCUAAAACUGAAACAGUACUUACAGCUGCUCAGAUAUGAACACAGCUUCCAGGAGAUGGAGUUGUCUCUGGAGCGCCUGGCGUCCCAGGAGAGAGAGGUGUCGUUGUCAGGGGAGACGCUGACUCAGACAGAACAGACACUCAGAGACCUGGACAACCUGGAGGCUCACGCACAGGAGGAGAUGGGCCGUGCCCAGAUCAUCAUCCUCCAUGGACACCAGCUGGCAGCCAGUCACCACUAUGCCAUGGCCCUGAUUGUGCAGCGUUGCAACGAGCUACGCCACCGCUGUGACACGCUCAGUAAUGCUCUGAGGGUGAAACACACACACCUCUCCCAGGCCCACCGGCUGCUACUACGCCUCGGCCAGGCCCAGAGUUGGUGUGAUGACGGGGCCUACCUGUUGGCCCAGCAGCUGGUGGGUAAGUUCCAGUCUAAGGAGGGGGCCCAGGCUGCUCUGAAGGACAUAGACAUAUUCCUGGAGGGGGCUCCGUCUCUCCUCAGCUCAGGACAUGACCUCCUGGCCAUGGAGUUUGAGUCUGUCCUUACCCCGGAGAUGCAGGUCCAACAUCAACCAGUGUCUCUCAUUCACAAACAGCCUUAUGAUUUAAAGAGAAACACCCUCUGUAAUGCUUCUCAUGACCCAUCUGUGUAUAAUCCAUCCUCAGUGCUUUCCAUCACCCCACACUCCAUGCAGGUUUUGGCUCCAUGUAAAUGUCCUAAGCUCCCCACCCUCUUCUCUCAUCCCCCACAGGUCCAGAUAGGGAAGACAUUUGACAAGCACACAGCAGUGCAGGAGAUGAUCCACAACAGGCAGGUCUGUCUGAGGAAGCUGGCUGAUAAACACGUCCGUCCCGUCCAACUAGUAGCCCCCCGGCUGGAGAGCCCACCCCGCUCCAAGUCCCCACUCUUCUCCCCCAAACAUGGUGUCGACAGUUUGAAGUUCACCUUCGAUCUGUCACUCCCUGGGAAGAGGACAUCACGGAAAAGCCCCGCCUCCAGAAAGAUCGAGGUGAUGCAUGACUACCAGGAGAAUAGGAUCUCCCUGCUCUCCAGCCUGGAGGGCGAGGACAGCCCAGACCUUCUCAAACGUCACGUGAUGAGGGAGCUUAUUGAGACAGAGCGAGUCUACGUGGAGGAGCUGCUGUCAGUGUUGCUGGGCUACAGGGCAGAGAUGGAGAACCCAGCCCUCACAGGGCUCUUGCCCCCCAUCCUGCGCAGUAAGAGGGACGUCCUGUUUGGCAACAUGCCGGAGAUCUACAACUUCCACAGCAGGGUGUUCCUCCAUGACCUGGAGGGCUGCCUGGAGACCCCAGAGGGAGUAGGGGCCUGCUUUCUGGAGCGGAAGGAGAAUUUCCAGGUGUAUGAGUGCUACUGUCAGAAUAAGCCUCGCUCAGAGUCCCUAUGGAGGCAGUACUCAGACUGUGCCUUUUUCCAGGAGUGUCAGAAGAAGCUGGACCACAAACUGGGUCUGGACUCUUACCUGCUGAAACCAGUGCAACGCCUUACCAAGUACCAGCUACUACUGAAGGAGCUACUGAAGUACAGUGCAGGAGGCUGUGAAGGGACCUCCGAGUUACAGGGGGCGCUAGCAGCCAUGCUGGACCUCCUCAAGUCAGUCAAUGACUCCAUGCAUCAGAUAGCCAUCACAGGCUACCAGGGAGAGUUGUGUGACCUGGGCCGGGUGCUGAUGCAGGGCUCCUUCAGUGUGUGGAUCAGCCAUAAGAAAGGCCCCACCCGUAUGAAGGAGCUGGCCCGCUUCAAGCCCAUGCAGAGACACCUGUUCCUGUAUGAGAGAGCCCUGCUUUUCUGCAAGCGCAGGGAGGAGCAUGGAGAGGGAGCAGACAAGACCCCCUCCUACAGCUUCAAGCACUGUCUCAAGAUGAGUGCGGUGGGGAUUACAGAGAACGUCAAGGGAGAUGUGAAGAAGUUUGAGAUCUGGUACAGUGGCAGGGAGGAGGUGUACGUCAUUCUGGCUCUCACAGUUGAGGUUAAGAUAGCUUGGCUCAAUGAGCUGCGGAGAAUCCUCACCAACCAGCAGAAACUCCUCAAAGAUGAGCAUUGUGUCAACAACCAGAUGCCAGACCACAUCCAACGGUCUCCGCCCAUGUCUGAGAGCAAACAGCAGAGGGCGUCGUUCAGCUCAGAGGACACAGAGUCAGGGAGGAGCAGUCCAGACCCCCAGUCCCACUCCCCAAAUCACCAGGGCAACCGACACAGCUGGCCCGGUGCGCCUCAUUCAGUAGACAUCUGUGAGGGUCUGGAGGAGUGGGGUGGAGGUCAGGACCCCUCUCACCCGUCAGACACCGAGGAGGAAGACACUGCUCAGCUGGCUCCAGGCAGCUAUAAGGCGUUGGCUGAAUGUCCACGAUACGGCCCAGAUGACCUCGCCAUCAAGAGCAGUGAUGUCAUCCAGCUACAGCACGAGGACAGCGAAGGCCACUGGUUGGUGAAGAACCUGAGUCGCAGGCAGAAGGGUCUCAUCCCAGUCCCCAACCUGCACGUGAUUCUGGGACACAGCAGUAGAGGACAGUCCACCAGACUAGGAGAUCCAGGGAAUCUGAAGGCCAGAAAGCUCAGCUCCCCUUAGAGGACAAAUGCUGCCUUCAAGUGCUUGUGGGAACUGGGAAACUUUACAGUAUGAAGUCGUAGCUCCGACACGAUUGUUCAAGUGCUUUUGAAGUUGGAACAAUUCUUCAACCAAUGGCAAGCUAGAUGAUCUAGCUAAUGAUCAAGUUAGCUAGCUUGAUUACAGUUGACAAUAUGGUAAAACUAGCUACAUUAUACACAUUGAUAAGUUUGACAAUGUAAAAAAUGAAUUUGCUUUAACAUCUUUUGGUUGAAAAGGUGAAAGGUCAGUGAUGAAAAGUCACAACUUCUAAACUCUGGUAUCAAACCCUAUCUCUGACUUUCCCACUUGGAAUUCCGACUUAGGAGGGUCAUUCAAGUGGUUAUUUCCCAGUCGAGUAUUUCCCACUUCAGAUGAGCAUUUGAAGGCAGCAAUAGCACAACUUUUGUGGGACCUUUGCACAGAUUGACAGUCUGACCAGACAGACUGUUAUCCAUUAGACACUAUGAGGUCAUGACUGAUGGAAUAUCUUAAAAUCUGCUUCCUCAAAGUGCUCUCAUUGACCAUGAUGAGAGACAACUAGCCAAUUGAAGAAGGACACAGGAGCUUUAAUUUUGGAUUAUUGAUUGACAUUUUUCUGGGCCAAUAACAUGAAGACCUGCUUUUGCCCACCGUGAUGGACAGUGGACAAACUUAAUGAAUGUUACCUUAACUUUGGACAGCACAGGGCUCCACCAGCACAAAUGCACAAGGUUUGAUGAAGGACAAGGGACAUGUGAAAAGGUUUGGCACUUAAAGUUCAUUCCCCCACUUCCAAUGGCCUUUUCUGUUGGGUUGCUGUAGGUGGAUUGGGACUGUUAUACAUCCAUUGACUCUACCUCUCGACUGACGGAUUCUUAACCAUUAUUGCUAAUCAGUGGGAAUGCUGUUGGUGGGUGUUGGUGUUCAUGCGUGUUUUUAUGGAUCAUAAUAAUCCAGGUUUCACCUGAAACAAAGAUACUUUUGUACAGUUUUACAUUGACAUUUUAGUCAUUUAGCAGACACUCUUAUCCAGAGCGACUUACGGUAGUGAGUGCAUACAUUUUCAUACUUUUUUCAUACUGAUGUGUAUACUUGAAUGUCGGCCUAUUGUUAUUUUACAUGUUCAUUUUGUCUACAUGCUCAUGUUGUUUAGGUAUCUAACCUGUCUUGUUCUUUAAGGCACCCUUCUCUUACGCUCUCCAAGAGUUGAAAUGCCGAAACGUGCCGUGCCAUAAUGCCUUUAUAUUCCUGCUAUUUUGGAAUCAGUUUCCUCUUCGAUAAAUGUUUGCUCAGCAACAACAAACAGUCUUGCUUUUACCUCACCUCAGACCUAUACUCAACUGGCACUUUAUUGAGGUGGAAGGUCUACAAGAGAAAUGCAAGCUGAAAGAAAACAGAAAGCUUUACUCUAUUUUCAAAGGCUCUAUAGAAAUGGAGCUAUCCGUGAACGCAAUACCUGCUUCAUAUUUUCCUGCUUCAUACCUAUGAUUAAUUUCCCAUUUUAUUUCCUAAACUCAUUGUAUGUCAGUUGAGAUUAGACCGCUGUUAAGAUGUUACAGAGAUGAUGGUGAAUGAAAGAAGUGUAUUAAUCAGGUCUUAAGAUGUCUUUAGAGGAGCUGCUACCAGCAUGGAGCCAGCAUAGAGUGCUGUAAUUCUCCCCAUAAUUUCACGCUCUCUGUCUCCCUCAACCAGAGAGAGAGAGAGAGAGAG